CGUCUGGCGUUUCCCCAGCAGCGUGACCCGGCUGCGCUCAGCAGCGAGGCCCUGGUGCGCCGGGCAGUGUCCGCGGUGACCGACAGCACGUCCACGCUGCUCUCGCAGGCCACCCACGCGCUCAUCGAAGCGCUGACGGAGUACACCAAGGCCGUGUACAUGGUGGUGUCCCUCUAUCAGCGAUACACGACCCUGCUGGGGAAAAUGAGUUCCCAGGAGGUAGAUGGGGUGUGGCAGGUGAUCAUAGGAGCUAGAGCCGAGAUGACGACAAAGCAGCAGGAAUACCUGAAGCUGGAGGGCUUUUGGAUGACUGCCUUGCAGCUUUCAGAGAGGGCAGCGGAGGCUGCGUAUCAAUCAGGUGCAGAUCUAGCUUCUGUGACAGCCUACAACCACAUUCAGCUGGUGAAAACACAUGUACAAGAAGUACGGCAGCUAUCACAGAAGGCAGAGUCCAAAUUAGCUGAAGUGCAAACAGAGGAGCUCAUUAAAAUGAAGGGAGAGGAAGGAUCGCAACUCUCAGAAAGCAGCAAAAAUGAUGAGCCUUAUCUGAGGGAGGACUGAAAAAAAGCAAGUGUCACCUUGGAGUACUGGAUGAUGUCCUGCGGAUUCAGGCAUCCCAAACUUCUCAUGCUUUAAACUAGAUGUUAGAUAAUGAAGAGAGGGGUUCUCUGUUUUAUAUUUAGCAGUGGUGGGGCAGGCUGUUUCCAGUGAUUUUGCUUUAUGAAACAAGCCAAUUCCAGCUAGUUGAAGUUUCCAUUUUGUAAUUUAUCUUGUUAAUUAUGGGCACAGAUAAUCUAUUUUUAUUCAAGUGUUCCACUGUGCAAAUGUGAAAUUUGCCUUUCAAAGUAGUAUGUUGCUGGGUGCUUGAAUCUGUGAAUGUGAGGGCCUGAUUCAGGUGACUUAGACAGUGGGACUGCCCACUUAUUAAGGUUAUUAAUUGCAGAUUUCAGC